CUCCUUCUCUUGUACCGCCAUGGCGUCGUGUCUCUGCUCUCUCAGUAACAGAAAGUGGCCGCCUCUCCGCCGCCGCCGCUGCCGACUCAAAGCUCAACAGAACUCGCUCGGCGCCCUUCACCGCCAUUUUGGAGUCAGGGAACCGAGAGUCGGCAGCGGCGACGAGAGAGACGCUAAAAGGGGGUCGAGGUGAGAGACUCCGUGCUUGGAUGUUACGGCGAAGGGGGGGAAGAUGGCCGGGAGGGAGAAAGAAUUAAAAACAUGGGGAUCGUACACCACACUGCUGAGCCCCCGCUGCAAGGGCACUCCAGGGGCGGGCGGAGGGCCUUGUUGUCCCUGCUACGCGACUACCUGUUUAAACAAUAAAGCAUCAAAGCUACACCUUAGUAAAUAGUUUCGGGGUGGAGGUGGUGGCCUUAAAGAGACAGGGCGGACUUGAUUACUUCAUAUUAAUGCUGGAAUCAUGGUUAAUGACGCCUCUUGUUGAGAAGUAAAAGUCCCUGGCCAGCAGUGGGGCGAGGGGUGGUCGCCUAUCUGUACCGUAUGGCGACAGGGGAGGGUGGGCGGCCGGAGGUCGGAGCAGCGGGCGGCUCGGACCUGGCCAAACCUCUCUACCUGCAACGCCUGGAGCGGUCCUUGAGGCUGGACAGCUUCUUACGCCAGUCGGCCACCAUCUUUAACGGAGACAUCACCAGUGAUGACAGUGACGACAGUGAUGGCGCUAUCGGGUCCGGGCUCUCCAUGGACACCUGCUCUGGGCAACACACCACUAUAACGGUGAAAAGUGAGCCGUGUGACCAAGGGGAAGAUUCCCCGGAAGGCAAGCCCCUCAAUGGCGUCCUACUGCAAACUCACGAACAAAAGACAAACUACUACAAUUUCUCCAAAAUGAAGAAGAACCGCAAAUGGCUGAAGAGCAUACUGUUGACCGACAACACCACGGAAUCGGACACGGACUCAGACGACUCGGACUUCAGUUUGUCACGGGAGGAGCUCCACGACAUGCUGAGGCUGCAUCGCUACACCAGGCAGCACCAGAGCAAGUUCCACACCGACCCCGAGCUUCAGCAGUACCAGUUCUACAGCACAGGUCUUCUCUCCGCUCAAGACCUGUUCCGCGAGCAACAGCGCCACCUGCUGGGCCCAAAAAAGAAGAAAAUCAAAGAUGAGAAGAAAUUCAAAGGAAAGCUGAAAAAAGUAAAGAAGAAAAAGAAACGUGGCGAAGCAGACUUUACGGACGAUGGUCUUCCUUAUUUCAACAAGACCUUUGCUAAGUUUUCCCACGAUACACCAGUGCUGAUGGUGAAGAAAAAGCAUCUGACUGUGGAGCAGCUGACUGCACGACGACGCAAAGUGUGGCUGACUAUUGCCAAGAAGGAGAUCCCCAAGUCUUUCAAGCAGAAGACCUCCGCUAAGAACCUUGUUUUGACCAAUGCUAAAAAAUUGGCGCACCAGUGCAUGCGGGAGGUCCGACGCGCCGCCAUCCAGGCCCAGAAGAACUGCAAGGAAACGCUGCCCCGCGCCCGCCGCCUCACCAAGGAAAUGAUGCUCUACUGGAAAAAGUACGACAAAGUGGAGAAGGAACACCGGAAGAGGGCCGAGAAGGAGGCUCUGGAGCAACGGAAACUGGACGAGGAAAUGAAAGAGGCCAAGCGCCAGCAGCGCAAACUCAACUUCCUCAUCACCCAGACGGAGCUGUACGCCCACUUCAUGAGCGGCAAAGCCUCGGCAGGCGGCCCGGGAGGAGAUGAAGCGCAAGAGGAGAUUCUAAAGAAGAUGGACGACACCAGCGGCAACAGGAAGAUCGACAUCGGAGGAGGCGUGAUGGUCAACAUGAGUCAGGACGACUACGACAGUGAAUACUACAAGUCCCAGGCCUUGAGCAAUGCCCAAGAGGCCUACCACAUCCAUCAGGCGAGAACCCGAAUGUUCGAUGAAGACGCCCAGGACAGCCGGCAUGCGUCUCUGCACACUGCCACUGUCGGGGCGCCGUCCUCUUCCGCCACUUAUGGCUUUGGCGAGAGCUACAGCCUGUCAAAUCCGUCCAUCCAGGCUGGUGAGGACAUCCCUCAGCCCACCAUCUUCAACGGCAAGCUGAAGGGCUACCAGCUGAAAGGCAUGAACUGGCUAGCCAACCUCUAUGAGCAGGGCAUCAAUGGCAUUCUUGCAGAUGAGAUGGGGCUUGGGAAGACUGUCCAGAGCAUCGCACUGUUGGCUCACCUAGCAGAGAGAGACAACAUCUGGGGUCCCUUUCUUAUCAUCUCUCCAGCGUCCACCCUCAACAACUGGCAUCAGGAGUUCACACGCUUUGUGCCCAAAUUCAAGGUGUUGCCGUACUGGGGAAACCCUCAUGAACGUAAAGUGAUUCGUAAAUUCUGGAGCCAGAAAACGCUGUACACUCAGAACGCACCGUUCCAUGUGGUGAUCACAAGCUACCAGCUGGUGGUCCAGGAUGUCAAGUACUUCCAGAGAGUCAAGUGGCAGUACAUGGUUCUGGACGAGGCGCAGGCACUGAAAAGCAGUACCAGCGUGCGGUGGAAGAUCCUCCUGCAGUUUCAGUGUCGAAACAGGCUGCUCCUUACAGGCACGCCCAUCCAAAACACAAUGGCGGAGCUGUGGGCCCUGCUCCAUUUCAUCAUGCCCACAUUGUUCGAUUCCCACGAGGAGUUCAACGAGUGGUUCUCCAAAGACAUCGAGAGCCACGCAGAGAACAAGUCGGCCAUCGACGAAAACCAGCUUUCGCGACUGCACAUGAUCCUAAAGCCUUUCAUGCUGCGCAGGAUCAAGAAGGAUGUGGAGAAUGAGCUAUCAGACAAGAUUGAGAUCCUUACCUACUGCCAGCUGACGUCUCGACAGAGGUUGCUCUACCAGGCCCUCAGGAACAAGAUCUCCAUCGAGGACUUGUUGCAGUCCUCUAUGGGCACGGCACAGCAGGCCCACAGCACUACGUCCUCCCUCAUGAACUUGGUCAUGCAGUUCAGGAAGGUGUGCAAUCACCCUGACUUGUUUGAGCGCCAGGAUACUCGCUCUCCUUUCCACAUGUCGCUCACACCCUACGUCCUGUCCAAGUUUCUUUACCGCCACGGCUUCCUCCAUGCUCACAGUCAAGCCAAGGACAAGUUACUGCGAGUGCUUCUGUCUCCCUUCUCCCCAAACAACAUCCAGCAGUCUCUCUUUCACAGACGAGGGGAUGACCAAGGGAGAUGUUUUUCAUUUCUACGCUUUAUCGACGUGUCACCGGCCGAGAUGUCCAACCUCAUGCUGCAAGGCAACUUAGUCAGAUGGUUAGCUCUUUUUCUGUCUCUGAAGGCAGCUUACCGGCUGCAUUCUCAGCGGCUGUUUGACCUCCAGGAAGAAGCCAACAAUGAAGCAAUUGACAAGAGUACGAGGUUACGGAGGUCUUCAAGUCGGCAUCUGUCUCGCAAAGACCUCAUCCUGUGGAUCAACAGACCCACCGCCUUCCCCAACACGCACUCUAGCCCUGUGAUACAGAACCUGGUCUUCACGGCCCUCAGGCCCGGCUUGGUGGGACACUCGGAUGUGACGAUCCGCUGCAGACGCUCCUCCACCUCCAGGUUGUGGACCUGCCAGCCCACGCUUCCACCCAAGUUCCUGCUCAGCGCCACGCCCAGGGUGAUCUCAGUUCCCAUGGAGCGCUAUUCGGCCGAUCGCAGCGCCGAACACGAAUGGCGGGAGACGCGCGUUGGCGGGGGCACAGUCUUUAAGGAGUGCUUCUUGUACGGCACGCCGGAGCUUGCCUGUGAUUGGCGCCAGAGGGCCCGUGCCUUCUUCCCACAGUGCCCUGGCGGCAUCAUGGCCCUCUACCCUCAACACGGUUGGUCCUACAUUCGCAUACCAGAUAAGGAGAGUCUGAUCACGGAAAGCGGCAAGCUUCACACCUUGGAUGUCUUGUUGAGUCGACUAAAGGCACAGGGACAUCGAGUCCUUAUCUACUCCCAAAUGACUCGCAUGAUUGACCUGCUCGAGGAGUACAUGGUGUACCGCAAGCACACCUACAUGCGCCUGGACGGAUCCUCCAAAAUCUCAGAGCGCAGAGACAUGGUGGCAGAUUUCCAGAGUCGGACGGACAUCUUUGUGUUCCUGCUGAGCACCAGGGCUGGCGGGCUGGGCAUUAACCUAACUGCUGCAGACACUGUUAUCUUCUACGACAGCGACUGGAACCCCACAGUGGACCAACAGGCUAUGGACCGAGCCCACCGCCUAGGUCAGACCAAGCAGGUGACUGUCUAUCGGCUUAUCUGCCAGGGCAGUAUCGAGGAGCGCAUCCUGCAGCGGGCCAAGGAGAAGAGCGAGAUCCAAAGGGUUGUGAUUUCUGGCGGUAACUUCAAACCUGACACGCUUAAACCCAAAGAGGUCGUCAGCCUGCUGCUAGACGAUGACGAGCUGGAGAAGAAACUGCGUCAGAGGCAAGAAGAGAAGCGGCAGCAGGAGGAGAGCAGCAAAGUGAAGGAGCGCAAGAGGAAGAGGGAGAAGUACGCUGAAAAGAAGAAGACGGAGGAGUCGGAGAACAAGAAGAGGAAGGAGACCAACCUGGUCAUCUCACACACGCCGUCGGCUGACAACUCCAACUUGUCUGCGGACGGAGACGACUCCUUCAUCAGUGCAGAAAUGGACUCGGCCAUGCCCAGCCCCUUUAGCGAGAUCUCGCUGAGCAGCGAGCUUCAGCCCGGCUCCCUGCCGCCGGACGCAGACGCCGACGAGAGCAGCAGUGACAUGUUGGUCAUCGUGGACGAACCAUUGUCGUCUGCACAACAGUCACGUGCAACCAACUCCCCCGUGUCCGUUUCUGGCUCCGUCUCCGAUAACAUGAACGGCGUUUCUGCCUCGGACACAAUCAGUCCCGGUAGAGGCAGGUCGGGUCGGAGUCGAGGACGUCCAAAAGGAUCGGGAGGUGGGCCCAAGUCUGGGUGCAAAGGGCGUGGACGCAAGUCAACAGCAGGCAGCGCGGCGGCCAUAGCGGGGGCGAUGGCGGGUGCGGCAGCUGCCUCAGCAGCAGCCUACGCAGCCUAUGGCUACAGUCUUUCCAAAGCGGGCCUCGCCAUGUCCAACCCUCUGCAGCCAGCGACGGGCCGUUCCGGCGCCAGUCCUGCCUUUAACCCUGCCAGAAGCGCCUUGUCUCCGCAGGCCAAGGGAGGAGGCGCCCUCGCUCAGAGCCCCAGCAAGCAGCUGAUCCACGGCCACCAGCUGGCCGCUGCCAGGAAGACCAAAGGCGGCCCCGCCAUUUCUGGACCCCAAUGAUGCACUCACACCAUCCUUACCUAGCAUAAAUGUGUGUCCGCUACACAACACGACAACAACCGCUGACCUAGUCUCACUGUGAUCCUUGACAACGCCUCGUGCCUAAAACAAAACAGUCACAAAAGACACACACUUAGCGAUUGCUAUUCUUUUACGACAGGAAGCUCUUGUCAUGCACCGCCGGAUUCCAAGGGCUGUCCAACGCACUGAGCCACGUCUUCCAUGUUUGUUAAUGAUAAUCUUUGUGCAUUUGAUAUUCUCCAUGUGCAUUUCACCGUACCAACCCUCAAAGUCUGCAGCUUUUGUACUAAAAGCACCUAUUUUUCUAAUCAAGACUAGCCAGCAGGAUUCAUAGUAACCGUAUAUCUUCUCAAACGUACUAUGUUGAAAGUUUCAAAAUGAGUAUUCAACUGGCUCAAACAGAGAUGCUGCUAAUUGUAAAUUAAUAAUUUCAUUGACGCAACUGCGUCGUCUAGUAGUUUAGUAAGUUAUUUCAGUUGACAAUUUGCCAUAACUGUGAAGAGCACAUCCACUUGUAAAACUUGUGUACAUUGUAUUGAAGACUAUAUAUAUCUAUAUAUUUAUGUGUAUGUAUGUGUAUAUAUACACGUGUAUAUAUAUAUAUGUAUAUGUGUAGAUAUAUAUGCAUGUAUAUAUGUGUGUAUAUAUAUAUAUAUAUAUAUAUAUAUAUAUAUAUAUAUAUAAUAUAUGUAUAUGUUUAUGUGUAUAUAUAUUAUAUACAUAUAUAUGUAUUUGUGCUGAUUGAAUACGUGGCUCAUCUUUGGUGUUGUUUACAAUGAUUUAUGUUGAUAAUGUUAUUAAUGUAUGAUCAUCUGGGGCAUAUAUACAGUAUACAUGUAUGUACAUAAUGACGUGAGGAUGCUCCCCUGGCUUUUCCCGUGUUUGCCUGUCUUUUUAUAGGUCAAGUGUACAUAAUGAAUAAAUGCAUCUGUCAUUUUACUAACAAGAA